UGUUGGUAGUCAUGAUUCGCUGAGAAGGGUCGUGGAAAUUAGGGAAUUUCUGGUGUGGCCGAAAGAAGCGGAAGGUUUUUAUUUUUCUUAUCACCGUAGAUGCCUUCCUUUAUUUAAAAGAAGACUGCCAUUAGUUUAUUAAAUAAUGGGGAAUGCUUGGGCAUUGUACUCUGAUCCUGUCGGAACUCCACAUCCUUUGCAGGGACCUUCGUUUGAUCCUCUGUAUGGCUUCCCUAAUGGCAGAAAGGAGAGAGUGAUGAUAGCUACAGAGGAAGAGAUGCAGUCAGCCAAGCUGGCCCUUGUGGACCGGGACUACUGUGCACAUAUGUUGUUAAAGUAUCGGGCCUGCAGAGCAGACAAGGCCCCCUGGUAUUAUCGGUGCGCUCAUGAGAAACACGAGUUCCUGCAGUGCGAAUAUGAAGACUACAUUUUAAGAAUGAAGGAGUAUGAACGUGAACGUCGAUUGCGCCAACGAAAGAGACGCAUUGAUGCAAGAAGGCAGCAGGAAGAAGCUCUGGCUGACUGAGGCAGGCAGUGAUGUUCCGUAGUGUAAUAAUGCCACAUUUUGGUGUGAAGGACUUGCCUUGUUUAAAGUGUAUUUCUUGGGAACUUUGAUUCUGAGAAACUGAAAAUUCAUAACAGUGAAUCUGAACUUGUCCUGGUUGAAUGGUAUGUAACGUCACUUCUGCCGAAGUAUGCUAUGCUGAAAUUGGAUCUUGUACAUAGGAGUAGAUAUUGAAUGGUUUUACUUUAUUUAUGAUGUUUGUUAAUUGUACAGAACCAGUAAAGGUCUGUAAUUGUUUUGAAAUAAACUGUGGACAUUGA